UGGAGGCCAGUUAAACUGUUCCUCGAAGUGUUCUGCCCAUCGUUCCAGUCGUCUCCCCUGCAAGUGAAUCGUAGAUCCAUCCUCCGCUAUGGUCUCACUAACCGCAGUCGACCUUUCUCCCCCAGUUUCCUUAACAAGUCUAAGUAACUGUCUACUGUUACCAAUCGCCGCCGCCUUUUCCGUCUCUUUAGCCUUCGCUGCCCACUAUUGUUUGCGUUUACGUUCAGCCUCGAUUAAGAAAGUGCCACCUAAGUGCCUCUCUGCCUCACUCAGUCUACUCACCUGUGCAUUGAAGUCACCUGCAACAACCACAUCCAAACGUUUGGCUUUCGAGAGGAGGCUAGACAGUUUACGAUGGAAUUCGUCCUUCACUUCACCCGAGCUGCAGUCAGUGGGUGCGUAAGCAGAGAUUACAAAGAGACAACGGCGAGUCUCCCUAUUCCUUUUAGUUCUCAUUGUGCCGUUCGGCCUCAUAGCGCAGAGGCGACUAUCGACUGAGAUCCAGCUCUAGUGCUUAAUACUAUGCCUACACCUGCACGACCAUGAAAGCUAGCUAUCGAAUCUCCAGAAACUUAAAGUGUGAAUUUUGCGGAUUCACUAGACUGGUCGCCAGAGGUUAGGUGAAUAACCACACUUGGGUACUGUAUACAUGUCUCACAAACACAGCACACAUCUAUGACCCGAGUUCCUAGUCUUUGCUAACGAAACCUGUUGACCAAUUU